UUUGGACCUGAGAAGAAGAGCUGAAAGAUACAGCAGUGAGCCUUUAGGAAGGGACACAAAGCUAUUCCACAACAAAGCAAAUCUGACAUUUUGACUGGAUUUAAGGCAUUUUGGGGGCGUCUUUGGUGUGCAGCCCAAGAACAAAAACAAUGGAGCAUUACCCGGAUCAGAUUUGUGAUGGCGUUGAGCUUCUCGACUGGUUGUUUGAUCAAAAUGAUGGAAUUCUCCUUCAUGUGGAAACCGGACACCAUGACAACCAUCACACUUGGCCAAUGCAGGACACAAAUCAGAUGCCGCAGCCGCCCGAACAGGCAGACAAUGACUUCCUCAAUGCCCUCCUGAGUGGAAGUGAUUCCGUGUCAGCCUCGCCACUGUGGUCCCCAUCUCCAAGUGACAGUGGGAUUAGUGAGGACCCUCCCUCUGACCAGAUGGACAGUCCUCAGCGCCCCGAGAGUCCCCCAGGGGACAUCCAGUGCUUUGAUGCAGGGCCACAAACCAAGGCAGCCCUGGAAGCGGGAGUCCCGACUGACCUCAAUGGCUGGAACCUCGGUAUGCCGACGGGCAAGACGAGGAUUGCACAAUAUCCCAGCGAUGAACAUAGACCACAGCUGUCCUCUGGCUUCCCGCUGACUGUCAAAGACCUGCUGCUAUCUGGCACGCCAGAACCACCCCCACAGCCAUCCCAAAAGUCCAUUCAAGAACUGAUUCUCAAUGAAGAUGAGAAGAAGCUCUUAGCAAAGGAGGGGGUCACUCUGCCCAGCCAGCUACCUCUGACAAAGUAUGAAGAAAGGAUUCUGAAGAAAAUACGGAGGAAGAUUCGCAAUAAGCAGUCUGCCCAGGAGAGCCGGAAGAAGAAGAAGGAGUAUAUUGAUGGUCUGGAGAGCAGGAUGGCUGCCUGCAAUGCACACAACCAAGAGCUGCAGAGAAAAGUGUCCCAGCUGGAGAAAUGCAACAUGUCGCUAAUUGAACAGCUGCGCAGGCUGCAGGCUCUAGUCAUGAAUACAUCUAACAAGCCAGCCCAAACUGGGACAUGUGUACUGGUGCUCCUGCUGUCCUUCUCCCUAAUCUUGUUCCCCAGUCUCAGGCCAUUUUCUGACAACAAGGUCAGCCAAGGAGACUUCAGUCCAGUCAGAAUCCAGUCACGGUCCCUGCAGAACUUACAGGCUUCACGUGUGCUGCAUGUCAUUGACUCCCCAUUCUCCACUGAGGAUGAAUCAGAGCCCCUGCACCGGCAUUUCCCAGGAGACGCAGCAGGACUGGAAGAUAUUACCGCACUGAUGGGGAAGCUGGGAGUAAACCAAGAACAGUCCAGUUUGGAGUCUCUGUCUCUUAACAGCAGUGAGGAAGAUAGAAUCGGUCAUUUCCAUGUAGACCCAAUUACUGGUCACAUAGCCGCUGUGACCUUGAAUCCCCAUCGCUCUGACAGGCUCCAACCACACGCCGAUGAUAUGUAAGAGAAAAGUAGAAGUUAGCCUCACAUGAAUAUCCCAAAUCGUCCUAAUGGUACAGCAGGGAAUUAUCAGGGGCCAUUGUUUACAAAGACAGGAAAUUAGCAUUUUAAUCAUUCCUGUUUUGCUUUUAAAUACACGUGCCAUCUGUAUGCCUUAUUUGUGAUAUUGUUUUAUAUCAAUAUAUGGAUUUGAAUCUUACAUUGAAAUUGCCUGACAGCGUGAUCCGUGUACGCCUUGCCAUCUGGCUUUGAUUAAAUGCCACUGUAAAUUAGUGUUUGACACUCUCUCAAAAAAAAAAAGUGAGUAAACGGAGCUGUAAUGGGGAGUACAAUUUUUAUCCAGAAGGAUAAUUUUUAAAAUGUUAAAACGGAUUUUGGAAGUGUGUUUUCUCUGAAGGAUUGAUUGCAACUGUUUUAGAUUCAUUUAUGGAUCAAAGUGCCUCAAAUAAAAAUGUCAAAACACGA